AUGCUAUUGAGUAGCAAGCGCUAGGGUUCUCUCCCUUGUCUCUUCCUAGUUACUACUAGGACGAACCCAAAUCCAAACCCACCUGAGUAUAGGGGAAAGUGAAGGAAGAGGGCCGCCAGGCUUAGGGUUUCUCGACGCCUCCUUCCUCUCUCCGCCAUGGACGCGCAGCGAGCCCUCCUUGACGAGCUCAUGGGCACAGCUCGCAAUCUAACGGAUGAGGAGAAGAAGGGGCACAAGGAGCUGAAGUGGGACGAUCCGGACGUGUGCGGCCCCUACAUGGUCCGGUUCUGUCCCCACGACCUCUUCGUCAACACCAAGAGCAAUCUCGGGCCGUGCUCGAGGAUCCAUGAUCUGAAGCUCAAGGAAAGCUUUGAGAAGUCUCCCAGGCAUGAUACUUAUAUGCGACGGUUUGAGGCAGAGCUUGCACAACAAUGUGAGAAAUUGGUGAUGGAUUUGGAUAGAAAGAUAAGGCGUGGUCGAGAAAGGUUGGCUCAUGAUUCUGCUGUGCCAAUGCCAAUCCCUGGAAAAAUAGCUGAGCAGCUUUCAGUGCGAGAAGAACAGGUCAAGAAGCUGCUGGAGCAAAUCGAGGAGCUUGGUGAGGCUGGUAAAGUGGAUGAAGCUGAGGCACUUAUGAGAAGGGUUGACAUUCUAAAUGCUGAGAAGACAGCUUUAGCUAACCAAGCAGACAACAAAGUGGCUAUGCUUGAGAAGAAGAUGGAACUUUGCGAAACAUGUGGAUCAUUCUUAGUUUCUGAUGAUGCUCUUGAGAGAACGCAGUCCCACGUGACUGGGAAACAACACAUUGGUUACGGUAUGGUUAGAGAUUUCCUGGUGGAAUACAAGGCGGCAAAAGAGAAGACAAAAGAGGAAGAGAGGCUCGCAAGGGAGCAGAAAGCAGAGGAGCGUCAGAAACAGAGGGGAAAAGAGUAUGAUAGUGGGGGCAGGGAUAGAGAUACCAGAAGGGAGAGAUCUGGGGAGCGUGACUAUGACCGUGAUCGUCAAUAUGAGCGAAGCCGUGGAAGAGACAGGUCCUAUGAUUACAGACAGAGAGGAUCAGAGCACCGAAGCAAUCCCUACUACAGAAAUGGGAGGGAUUCUGAAAGAGGCGGACACAGAUACAGGAGUGGUGAUAUGACAAGCGAACGAGGGAGAAUGAGGAGCAGAUCACGUUCUCCAACCAGACAUGGCUAUGGAAGAUCUAGAAGUCCAGAUCAUUAGCUGAACAUUUAGAUAGUUUUAUUCACAGUUGGGACUCAUGAGGUAGACCGUUCCCUUCUGCUAUUUAUUACUGUACAAUGGGUUUUAUUGCAGUGUCGCACCUGUUUAAGUUUCUGCUCUGCUGUAACAGCUCUGUUGGAACCCUACAGACUUCCUUUUUUACAUGGGAAAAAAAAAUUCUCAGGUAGGUAUCCAUUGUCAUUCCCACAAUUUUUGUGCUUCUGAUAUUCUAUAUGUAUGCUGAAGCUUUGUUUCGAUAUUUGGAAUCAAAAGUUAAGUUAGUAAGGCCGGUACUGGACUUCAUAUAUGGAUGAUGAUGUUUACAGCCUAGAGCAGGUAAACCUUGAACAUCAAUGUUUCAUGUUACACACUUUUUAUUUCCCUUGAACUCUGCUAGAAACCUUAGUUGUGCUCUUUGGCUUAGAUUUUUACACUGCUCAGGCCAGGUAUCUUUUUCUAACAAAAUUUAUGUGCAUAAUUACGAGUUAUGUACCUUUAAUAGUUGACUAGUUGUCAAUUUGUCAUGAAGUAGUAUUGUAUUCAGGAAGAACAAUCAGACAAAUUGAUCCACCGUCAUUGCCAAUCAUCAACAAUUUCUUUUUCUGGAACCGUUGUAGUGUACAAGAGAUCAAGCUUUGCUUUGUAGGUUAGAACCACCAGGAUUGGGCCUAUUUCCUGACUGUCUAGUUAGUGGCUCGAAGUCUAGUUUAGAGAAGUUCUGUUUCCAUGCCAAAAUAUUAGAUAACUUUGCAGUUGUGGAAUCCUGUAAUUGGUGUGCUGUUUGAGCAGAGUGUAUUUUAACUAUGCAAACUAAUAGAUGAUUGGCUUCAGUGUUUUUGACAUAUUAA